AUGCCUGCAGACUCCCGUGCAGACUGGACAUCCUGGACAGCACGCCAGCUUCGGCAGGAGUGCUUGUCGAGAGGCCUUGAUUUGACGGGCUGCUUUGAGAAAGAUGCCCUACUCCAAAGACUGCUGGCUGCUUCGACUUCGGGCGCAGUCGACGAUGCGGGACCAGUCGAGAGGUCAUCCAUGCACACGCCAGCGACCUGCGACCCAAGCCAUGAGGCGGCUGCAACAUCUAGUAGGGCAGCCUCUGCGACAGAAGCGGGCCAACUUGCACCCGACACGUUUCAUCAUGGCGAGUGCGAUAUCUCGUGGCAGGCCAAGACCAUGCGCGAACUUCGUCGAGAGGGAGUGCUGCUAGGUGUAGACCUGAGGGGUUGCUUCGACAAGGCUGACAUUAUUGACAAGCUGAAGGUAGCCCAACGGAAUGCAGCGACUGGCGGGGACAAGUUGCAGAAUGACCGAACCCAAAAGAUGUCUACGGAGCCAGAAGAGAGACAAAGUUCGGAAGCGCAACGCACAACAGACUCCGAAGACUUCCAACGAGCUGGCUCACAGGACCUUGCCGCAGCAGGGGAUGUGCAGCAGCAAUCGGACGAGCUUCUGGCAGACCGCCCUCCAAGCGCAAAGGAUGCAGCAAAGGAUGCAGCACAGCAUCCAGGCCAAGAUGUCACCGUUGCACAAAAGCAUGACGAAGCAAGUGGGAAGUCAAACGUAGUCCAAGACCCAGAGCCCCCAAAGCUGCCAGAGCCCCCAGAGCCCCCAGAGGUUAGAGCAUCUCGGCACCAGGAGUUCAGAGAAGAACUGCAGAAAAGGCUGCGGGAGCCAGAGCAGAACGAUGAACAGAAGCCCCAGCAGCACAGCGAAUUGAAGAACCAAGGCAGGAGUAACAGGCUACAGCAAGUUCCCAAGCAGCAGCGGCUUCAAAGCGCCUGGGAAGUCGCAGAGGGCCUGGAAGUGCAAGGAUACUCGCUGGAGGUCGUACCAAUGAGGACCCUGGUAAAGGAGUGCAAGCUGUUGGGCAUUGACGCAUCCGGCCUCUACGCAAAGUGUGAGGUGAUCAGCAAGCUGAUGUCUGUCCUGGACAAAACAGUUGUCUGUGAACCAGCAACAGCAAAGCACUUCCAGGUGUUUCCAGGAGACGCAACUGUACACGAUUCCAAGGCAGUGCUGCCGGAACCGACUGGACCUCCAGUUGCGCUGUCGCCCUUCAAGACCGAAGAGAACCGCGAGAAGAGGCCCAAGACUCCGCCAAAGACUUUCGGUCCGUGGUCACUGGGUGAUCCUAUCCUCGAAGAGGACAAUGAUGGGCAAGUGGUGCCCGGAGAGACCGAGGAAGAUGCAGAAGAAAUCAUCAUGGACAUCCAGGAGGAAUCUACGGCUCCGAAGGAGCCUGUCGAUCUGUCUGUGCCUUCGGGCGCUUGCCAGCCCCAGCAGGACGACAAGGGGCACACAGAGGUGCAGGGUUCAACAGCUCCCAAGGAGCUGAGCCCCUCCUCGCAAAGCUUACAAAACGUAGAGGCAGGAGGACCACAGCCUUGCACAGCUGCUCGGCCUCGUGCAUCGAUCUCAGAGCUGUUCCGGCUGUCCCUUUCGGAGCUUGAAGCCAGGUGUGCAGAUGAAGGCGUAGAGGUCGGUCUUGGAGACUCCAAAGGCGUCCUGAUCUCCAAGCUGAAGCAGGCUGUGUCUAGGUCGGCAACAUUGACUGCGUCUGGAACAAGUCCUGUCCCACUUCCCGGUGAGAAGGAAGAUGCUGCAAAGAGCGCUCAACCCACCUCAGCCGGCAGGGCAAUGGCAGUGGAGACCACUCCAAUGAGUCCCAGAGUUAACAGCUUCAAACAAGAGCCUGAGAUGUUCCAUAUCGGGUCUGAAGAUGGAAGCUGUGCUGAUGAACAGUCUGAUACCGAUUUUUUCCCAGAUCUGCUCCCCACAAGCACCAGCAAGAUGAAGUUUGGAGAGGACUCUGACGCACUGGAUGGACUGCAAUCAGCAAAAGUGAGUGAACAUGACAGACACGACAGCGACGCAGAGGCUGGUUCUGGGCUUCAAGAGGCUGUACCGCAGCAUGCCCCCAGAACAGCGGCGGAGGAAAAUCAGGACGAAUCAGUCCAUCAUGAUAGAUCCACUGCCAGGGAAGGAGCAGAAGAGCUUCCGAGCCAACAGACGGCGUUUUGCGAGGAGGGCAAAUUGGAUGGGCCCGAAGUAGGGUGUGCGUCUGCCAGCUCUGCCCACCUCGAGGAAAAUGACCCAAACUUUGAGGCUGUUCCGGAGAGACCGGUGUCAGCUAUGCAGAAGGGCUCAGCAUUUCCCGCAGAUGAGUUGAGCAGAAGGGAGGAAAAUCCGCCACAGGACGCGCAGGAUCCCUAUCAUGGCUUGGAAGCUAGUCGACAAGGCGGCAGCAUGUUUGACUUUGACGAUCUGGACGAAGCGGAGGCAGAUCCUCCGGUCAAAAAUGUACCAGCAUCGCCCAAAGAAAUGGACACGACAGCAGAGGGACCUACUCCGGCGCAACCAGAAGGUGCAGCUCCGGAGAAGAGCAAGAGCGCACCGAAGAAAGAGGAAUCCCCUCCUCCAGUUCGGAAAGCAGACUCAUCGGAUCAACCGGAAGAGGCUGCUCCGGUUAAAAGCGUGGGCUCUCAGGCUCCUCAGGAGUCUCAGGCUGAUGUCAAUCCGCUACUCAGAUUCUCCACGAAGGAGCUCCUAGAGCUGGCGAGGUCUCGGGGCGUGGACGUUCGAGGAUGUGUGGAGAAGAGUGACAUUGUUGCUUGCCUCACGCGCCCGCCACGGCCGCCUGUAACACCUCCAGUGACUCCAGGGAAGCAAGCUGUGCCACACAGUCCGACCCCCAAGCCAUCUUCCCAGUUUCCUGAUGCACGCCGUCCAAAGGCAGCUUCAAAGGCACCGCUCAGGGCUAAGUCCAAGGCAAUGCCCUCGAGAAGUCCGCCUCAGCCUGCAAAAUCCCAGAUGCCCUCUAGGCCAAGCCCGGCCAGAAGGGUGGACUACACAAGACCAGACCCCACAGUGCAGCCAGCCAAGGCUGCGCAGGCCUGGUCUCAGGGAGAAUCACCAGAUGGAUGGAGCGCCAGGAUGCAAACAUGGUUCGGGAGGUAUCCAGGCUUUUGCGCAGCCCUUCCUCCCGAAGCAGAGAUGUGGACAGACCAAGAGCUGGAUGUGUACUUUGGGAGCAAUGGUGACAUUUGGCCGAGGGGCAAAAGACCAGCCUGGUUUGGAAGAUCGACUGACACAGACGAGGCUAAACCAACUCCAAAGCCCCAAGGACCCCGGACGUACCCGGACCUAAAGGUGCACUUCCAGACCCUUGAUCUAGCCGAGACAACGCCUCCAGAAAUCAUCAGGAGGCAUUACCGCCGGCUAGCACGAGACUGCCAUCCUGACAAGCAUCCUGACAAUAUCGAGGAAGCGACCAGACAGUUCCAGCAAAUAACUGAGGCGUACGAAGCAAUUGCCAAUCGACUGAAGCUGUGA